AUGGCCAAAACCAUCAAUACUAAAAAAUCAAGAGGUAGACCAAAAACAAUAUGUGGAAUCAAAAAGUGCCAGAUGUGUAAUGCUACUACUACACCAGAAUGGAGAAAGGGAUUGGGAGGUUGUUACUAUUGCAAUGCAUGUGGUCUUAGACUGGCAAAGCAUAGAAACGAAUUUUCCCACCUAGUUCCAUCUUCCACUAGAUCACCAUCGCCACCAUCAUCACCUGUAUAUGAAAUGAACCCAAACUCUAUCCAAUACCCAAAUAUUAAAAAUAAUACCACCACCACCGUUGCUGACAUUAACCAAUCUUCUUCAGAUACAGUACCAUCAUCUCCACCAACAAAUGACCAAUCUUUACCAUUCUCCAUUCGUCGUUUGGAACUAUCUGAUUCAAAAAAACUUCCCUCAUCUCUCAUCAAGGCAUCGAUUCAAUUUUUACUCAACAAUCCAAUUCCAGAUGAAAAGGAAAAGGAAAAUGGAAAUAUUAAUAAUUACAAUUGUAAAAGAAGUUAG